GCUUCUAUUUUGGAGUAUGUCGGUUCUCUUCAGUGCUUGUUUUACAUGAGCGUUGUUGUUAGUUUUUCAAGAUCUAUACUUUUUACCUCCUGAAAAGUUGUCCACUUGUGUCUUCAAUACUUUGAGAUGAUUUCGACUGUGAACGUUUGAUUUUGUCUUUGCAUAUUCGCUUACACAAGUGUUGUCAUGGCAACGCGUCGUGGCUGCCAUGAACUGCAGCGGCAGCGAAAUGCAUGAAAUUGGAAGAGAAUUGCAAUGUUCUCUAUUGAUUUUUAUUUUCAGAACUAUUAAUAUGCUACAGUUAUUGCAAAUAGAAAUUCAGUACUGAGAUGAUAACUUUAAGUCGCUAUGGUUUUAUGGUGUUUAUACAACUCUUCCUUCUAGCGAUAGAUCUUUGUAUCAAUACCUUUUCAGACUUUGCGUACAAUGAUGCAGUAACCUUGUUGAUAUUGUUCAUAAUCCAGGACGUUCUUCUAGUAUUUGGCGCUAUUACAUUCUUCUUGAGUCUGUUUUCCACAUUUGUCUUCCAGGCUGGCUUUCUGGGAUCCUUAUUCCGCCAGUUUCGUGCUACAGUUUUUAUAUGCGCUACUUACGUUACACUUACGGUAUCAUACCAUAUUUUAGUCGUCAGGUUUCGCUGGCAGCAUAUGUGGAGUCUUCAGUUCCCCAACUGCAUACUGGCGCUUUAUGUGUGUCAGCGAAUUUUGGCUGUAUUUUACUAUUACUUCUACAAGAGAACAGUAUUACGAUUAAGUGACCCACGUUUUUAUGAAGAUUUCGAUGUUUCACUAUAUGAGAAACAGUGAGAAAUUCUUAAGAUGCUUGUUACAGUUAUUAACAUAAGAUGUUCAGUGGAGUUGUUGUAAGCCUUCAAUGAUAAUAAAUUUUGAAUGUUACUGUGAA